AAUCGAAUUAGGACGGCCGGAUAAGACGACACAAUUUCCCUCAAUCGUCAUCAGGGCCCAAGAUUUGUCCAUAGUAGAAUAUCCCGCGUUCCAGCUCAAGCCUCGCAUAGAACACGACAUUGCUCUGGUUGUAAUGAGAAAUCCAGUCUCUACAAACGUUCCUAACAUAAAGGCACUGAGGCUGCUCCCAGAUUCUUUUACAACUUGGAGCCUGACGAAUCAGGUCGGGCGGGUUGCAGGAUGGGGAAGUACUGGAACAGUCGUCUCGAGCGAAAUCUUGUACCAAACUACGAUGACAAUCGACAACAGAUUUUGCCAGGGCCUGUCGGUUUUUAAUCCCGAUUCUCAGCUUUGCCUCAUGGGAGUGAGCGGAAGCGAUAUUUGCAGCGGAGACUCAGGCACGCCGCUGUCACUUGACGCUGGAGGAUUCCGCUACUUAGUAGGAGUCAUUUCCCGGAAUUUAGAUUGCUCUGGUAGGAAUCCGACUUUUGCAGGCUUCGUGAGUUACUACUACAAGUGGAUCGUUGAUACUAUUGCUGAAUACGGUGGUAGUAACGAUGCUCAGUACGGAGUAUAAAUCAUUAGAUUGUAAGUGCAGCUGUUUUUGCCAAACGGUAAAGGAGUUCUAUAUUCCGUUUGGCCUUUUUGAAGAAUGAAAUAACGAUUUACGAA